UUUUAUAGAGGGUCGGGGUGUAAUUUAGAGAAAAAUGGGGGAUGCUAUUGUCAUGCCAGAACCCAGAAGGAAGGUGCAAGGAGGGCAUCGCGGUAAAAGUGUUGUGAAAAGGAUCUUUAUUGGCAUUUAUUCGCUACCCAACGAAUUGAAAUUGAGGAUAUCCCUUCUUCCAAAACCCUAGAAAUUAGAAUUAGAGGGAGGAGCGGACAAUUUCUCUUCUUCUUCUUCUUCUUCUUCUUCUAUCUCAUAUAUGAGAACAUGUACAUGUACUAGUUCAUUCAUUACAUAUGGCUGUAUGCUGUAUUUGCUUAUUCUAAUGCAAUCUGAUUGACCGGCUGCCACUGCGAGAUUCUGAAGCCCAUCUAAAGCUCUAAUCAUUCCGCGAAGAUGGAAGUGCAAAAUCCUGAACAUGGGCAUGUAAUUGAAGUUUGUGGAGAUGUGCCAGUGGUAGGGACAAGCCUGGGUAGAAGUAAGGUAUGUGAGGGAGCAGCAUGUGGAUUCUCGGAUGCUAAAACAAGUUCUAAGGAUGCCAAGGAGCGCUCAACAUCCAUGCGGAAGCUUUUGAUUGCAGUUAUACUUUGUGUCAUAUUCAUGAGCGUCGAAGUUGUUGGAGGUAUUAAAGCCAACAGUCUUGCAAUUUUAACAGAUGCAGCUCACUUGUUGUCAGAUGUUGCAGCUUUUGCUAUCUCGUUGUUCUCCUUGUGGGCAUCAGGAUGGGAAGCAACCCCGCGUCAGUCUUAUGGCUUCUUCAGGAUUGAGAUUCUUGGGGCACUGGUAUCCAUUCAGAUGAUAUGGCUUCUUGCGGGGAUCCUUGUUUAUGAAGCAAUUGCUAGAAUUAUCCACCCAACAGGAGAGGUGCAGGGCCGUCUCAUGUUUGUUGUUUCUGCUUUUGGUUUAGUGGUUAAUGUUAUUAUGGCUCUUCUGUUGGGUCACGAUCAUGGUCAUGGCCACAGUCAUGGCCAUGGUCAUGAACAUGGAAAUGGUGGGCACAGGCAUGGGCAUGGGCAUGGGCAUGGGCAUGGGCAUGGGCAUAAGCAUGGGGGUCAUGAUCAUGCACACAGCCAUGGGUUAAGUGUUACAACACAUCAUCACCAUCAUCAUGGGGAGCACUCAAAAAACCACGAUGACCACCAUCAUGCUUAUGAAGGACAACUCUCUGAGCCUUUGCUUAAGAAUUGCUCUGAAAGUGGAAAGGAAUGUAAGGAUCAUAGUACUAAACAGAAGAAGCAGCGGAACAUCAACGUCCAGGGGGCUUAUCUUCAUGUACUGGGAGACUCCAUUCAAAGUAUAGGGGUGAUGAUUGGUGGGGCUGUCAUUUGGUGGAAACCUGAGUGGAAGACUAUAGAUCUGAUAUGCACCCUCAUAUUCUCAGCAGUUGUUCUUGGAACAACAAUCCGGAUGCUGCGUAAUAUUUUGGAGGUUCUGAUGGAGAGCACGCCCAGGGAAAUUGAUGCCACAAGACUGGAGAAGGGGUUGUGCGAAAUGGAAGAGGUGGUUGCAAUUCACGAGCUGCACAUUUGGGCCAUUACCGUGGGCAAGGUACUGCUGGCUUGCCAUGUGGAAAUAAAGCCAGAUGCUGAUGCAGACAUGGUGCUGGACAAUGUUGUAGACUACAUCAGGAGGGAGUAUAAUAUCAGUCAUGUGACCAUUCAGAUAGAACGCCAAAAGGUCUGGUGAGGGAGGUGAUUGUUGCAUCCAGCAAUAGGUGUAGUGGUAUUAGUAUUUGGGCAUGUUCUUCAAACCUUUGUAAUUCUUUUUUUCUGGGUAAAAAUAAGAUAUUAUUUUAGCGUUA